AUGAUUAUUAAUCUUUGUUUAUGUGUUUCAGGUGGUAAAGGUGGUGAAUCAAAAAGGACGCGACAAACAUAUAGUAGAAAUCAGACGUUGGAACUUGAAAAAGAAUUUCACUAUAAUAAAUAUUUAACGCGAAAAAGGCGACAAGAAAUUUCUGAAAGUUUACAAUUAUCCGAGCGGCAGGUGAAAAUAUGGUUCCAGAAUAGGCGAAUGAAGCAUAAAAAAGAAUGUAAAGGUGAGGUAACAACAGUAAAUGAAAGUGAUGAAAGUGCCGAUGAACAGAUACCAUCAACAUGA